CCUUUUUUCCAGCAAACGGGCACCAAACAAAAACGCCGACCUCUCAAGGCCUCCCACGCGGUCUGCCCGAGAAUCACGCCGCACACGUCCGCAGCCUGGUGGGACCCUGACUGGCUCACACCAGACCCCCAACAGAUGCAGACUCAGGGGUCAGAAGUGAUGGGGAAAAAAUACCACAAAUCCCAGGCAUCCGCCUCCCAAGACAUGCAGGACAUAGACUUGCUGCUUCAACACACGCCAAAGCCCAGGGAGCAGGAGCAGACCAAGACAUGGGCCUGUGACCUCAAAGAGAAAGAAGGGGUGAACGACACAGCGCAGGGGCCACCCCCAAUGGGGCUCCAGACCACGCAUACCCAGACUAACCAAGACCCUGUGACUAAGCAGGACAUAGAAAACCUUUUUAAUCGCAUCCAACAACUUUUUGCUGCUGACAUAGCCGCGGUGCGGACAGAAGUGCAGGCGGUCACUGCCCAUGCCCAGGCGACUGACUCCACCAUAGCCGACUUACAACGCCAAAUAGCGGCAGUAAAAGACUGUCAAGCAGUUACAGGGGCACCACUUAGAAACCUCCCUGAGAAUGGAUGCACUGAAUCAAAGAUCAC